AUGAAGUUCACUGCGGUCGCUCUCUUUGCAGGCCUUGCCUCUGCCCAGCAAGUCGUCACCCUCUUCGAUGCUGUUUACAGCGUGGUCGAAGACGCGAGAUCGUACCAAAUCGACAUCGACCUACCCACCGUCGUCAACUGCGCUGCCGAGGAAUGGGCCAUCGGCGACCGAUUCACCUGCUCUGACGCGUCCUGGGCUCUGCAGAUUAACGACGAGUAUGGCGUUUCUAUCAGGAUCGAUCACAUCGUAGACGGUGUAACAUACUGCGCUGAUGCUGCGAUUGAGUUCACCGGAGCCAUUCCUGUUUAUCAAAUCCAGGCUUCCAACAUCACUGUUACUCUCGAGCCAGUCUACUAA